AUGCCCAGCCUGUCCAACAGUUUGUCUUGCGUUGAUUUUUGUUUUAAAUCACCUUCUGUCCGCUUCCUCCUCUCCUUAGCCAUCAUCGUGUACAGACUGCCGUGGACCUGGAAAUGCAGCAAGCUCCUGAUGAAAUCCAUUCACGCCGGCUUAAACGCCGUGGCUGCCAUCCUGGCCAUUAUCGCCCUGGUGGCCGUCUUUGAUUUCCACAAUGCCAUGAACAUCCCCAAUAUGUACAGUCUGCAUAGCUGGAUUGGAUUGGCAGCUGUCGUACUUUACAUCUUACAGCUUCUUCUUGGUUUUCUUGUGUUCCUGCUUCCGUUUGCCCCACUUUCGCUGCGAGCGUUUCUUUUGCCCAUCCAUGUGUACUCUGGGCUGCUCAUAUUUGGGACAGUGAUUGCAACAGCACUUACGGGAGUCACAGAAAAGCUGUUUUUUGCCCUGACAAGCACAGGAUACAGUUCAUUCCUACCAGAAGGUAUUUUCACAAAUACUCUGGGCUUGCUCAUCCUGGUAUUCGGAGCCCUCAUUUUUUGGAUCGUCACCAGACCACAAUGGAAGCGCCCCAAAGAACCAAAUUCAGUCCUUCUUCAGCCCAACGGAGGUUCCGCAGAGGGGGUGGUCGGCGCCCUGGCAGUGAACUCGGACAACCAUGGGGACAAAUCGGAUUUAGAGUUAAACAGUGAAGUUGCAGCAAGGAAAAGAAACUUCACCCUUGAAGAUGCUGGGCAGAGGUCCACGAUGUGAAAUGCUGGCAGCUAUAACUCUGCUUUCACCAACUAGCCUUACCCCCCACCCAACCCAACCCAACCCAACCCAACCCAACCCAACCAAACCAAACCCACUGCCAUCGAGUCGAUUGCCAUUCUUAGCAGUCCCAGAGGAAGACUAGCACUGGCCCCUAGACGGAAUCGUUAGGGAAGCAGACUGGCACAGCUGCUUCCUGCUGAACAGCUGGUAGAUAUGGACCCCUGACCUUUUGAUUACCAGCUGAACGCUUCACCACAGCGUCUCCUAAGUAAUCACAUGAUGACUCAGCUUACACGGUGUCAGGAUUUAUUUUAAAUCCUAAAGUUGGAUUUCUUGAAAGACUAUGUGUGGACCUGGACCUCUGAAUUUACCUGAGUUGGAAAGGACAUGAUCAAUGGAAAUAAUCUAAAUUGAUCAGA